AUAUCUCACACCCCCUACGCACUACCCCACUUACUAUUCAUCUCUGCAUAGCGAAAGUAGAGUACAAGUAAAAGCAACAGCAGAUAAGAAGGAAUUCACAUACACUCGAAUAAGCCGUGGUGUGGUGUGGCACGGUACGGUACCCUAGCCCUGACACGCACAUGAAACGCAGCAAAAACCAAGAACACGAGAUAACAAACGCGCGGUUUCACUUUCACACCUCGACUAUCCAAUCACAACCCAUCCACGCAUCUUUACCCAUACCAUCCAGAGUUUGUGGGGACGUGUAUAUAUAAUGAUCUAAACACCCGACCCGCCCGUUCAUACAGGCUGUUCUUUCUCUCUCUCUAUCUUCGUUUCUUGUUGUUGGUUUCUAUUCUCUGAGCUGGUCUCACUUUACACAAUCCAAUUCUUUAUUCAAAAUGACCAUACCCCUCAUCCCCCUCCUAACAUACACACUCACCACCCUUCUCCCACGCACAUUCUACCUCCUCGCGUACGGCCUCGCAUGCCUGCUUGUGCUCGAGGGGGUGAGGUUGGUGUGUGUGGAUCGCGAUGUGAGGGCGUUGGAUGGGUGGCUGGAAGGACAGGUUGUAAACGCUGGGGGAAGAGAGGAAGGGGAAGGGCAAAAGGAGGUUGGGGUAGAGGGAGAGGGAAAGGAGAUAGGAGAAGAUGGGAGGAGGGUGAGACGGGCGCCAUCGCCAUCGGUACCAACACAUGGAUCCAGGACAUCGAGUCCGCGCCAGGAGUAUGGGUAUGCGUACAGCCAGGACUACACCCAUGGUUAUGGGUACAGCCAUGACUAUAACCACGGCCAUGACUACAACCCCAACCUCAACCUCGAUCAUGCCUACAACAACAACAACACCUACACCUACAUCCCCAACCACAACCAAACGUACACAUACACCCACGAUUCCAUCCACCCCGCGCCCACCCCCACACAUGCGCAUGCGCAUACGCACCCACACACCAUCCCCGAGCAGGCUAAACGCUCCCCGCGCCCAGAGCGCAAGAAACCCGACUCCACACGCCUAGCACCCAGUCCCGAGACGCCGCUGCGCAGGAAGAAGCGGGAUGCGAGUAGUGCGAGUCCAGCCGCUAGUAUGCGGCGGCGGCGUGCGGAUUCAGGGACCGGUGAGUCCGAAGGAGGGGUGGAGAGGCGGAUGCGGAAGAGGGAGGGUAGUAGUGGGAGUAGCAGUAGUAGUAGAAGUAGGGGGAUGGUUGGAUUUGGGGGGCAUAUAUAAGCCCAAAUUACAAUAUAGUAGGAUUAUCCACCC